AUGUCGCAAGCUGAAUCCCCAAGUGUGGAAGAAAAUCAAGUUCCAGAAAACAAUCUACCAGAAAUCAACAAAAUCUCAGUUAAAAUUCCACCUUUUUGGUCAGAGAAACCGGAACGUUGGUUUUAUCAAAUAGAUGCUCAAUUUAGAAUUAAUGGUAUCAGAAAGGACUCACUGAAAUUCGACUAUUUAAUAUCCCAGCUGGAACCUUCCUUAGUAGACAAUAUUUGGGAUAUAGCAACCGGUUCAGAUGAUAAUAAAUAUCAGCUUGCCAAAGAAAGAUUGACGAGCAUAUUCGCAGAAAGUGAAGAAAAACGAAUAAAGAGAUUAUUAACAGGGCAAAACCUUGGUGAUCUGAAACCAAGUCAACUGUUAAGGAAAUUGAAAACUCUAGCAGGUACUGAUAUAUCAGAAAGAGUAAUAAAAACCUUGUGGUUGGAAAAUCUACCAAUCAAUAUAAAAAAUGUAGUGAUCACAAGUGAAGAAGGUGUUAAUCGUCUUGCAAUCAUGGCUGAUAAAAUUUAUGAGUUAAACCCAACAAAUGAAUUGUAUGGUAUUAAAGGUUCAGGUUCCAAUGCAACUAAAAGUACUUCCAAUGAACUUGAAUAA